AUGAACCCUUGCGGCGCUGCGCACGGCGCCUGUCACUGCCGGCUGUGCCCUUUGGCGCAGAAGAUGAGCGCCUUGAAAGUGUGCUUCCAGCAGUUCAACGCAUCCAAGAAGCAGCUGGCCCUUUUCUUGGAGAAGUUUUGGAAGCUGAAGAAGCCAGAUCAGGAUGCGCUAGAAGCUCGAUUGCAGCAAAGGACCUCGACAAUUCUAGCGACAGUGACUUUGAAGAAGUUGACUCAGAGGCACGCGCUGAGUGACAAGACCAAGUCCAUGGAAGCUAAGCUGGCUGCAUUGACCGAGUACCGCAAGCACUUGCACAAUCAGUUUUGCGACCGGCUUCUGGACGCUGGCGAUGUCACUGCUGUCAUUGAGGACGAGCUCACAAAAGCCGCAGUUCGAGAUUGGGUGGGUGUACGCCUGGAAGGCGGGUUGCUGGAGGAUGCUCGCGGCAACCGCUUGUUCCUGAACGUGCUGAGACAAGUCCACGCCUGCUAUGGCCAAGAGUACAAUCGCGCAGUGUCCUACCUGCAGGCCUUGGCUGCCAAUAGCUUCUGGCAGAAUGCCGUGCUGCCAGCCCUGCCCUGGCAUGAGAGCCACCAGCUUGCCCCGGCGGGCCCGUACGAUUUGAAUGAGGACCAGAAGGCAAAAGGCGAAGAGCCUGCCGGCGCCAGCCCUCCGCCCAGCAAGCAAGUGUGCACUGCUUGGGAGCGGGGCUUGAAGAAACUUCCUGGUGGCGACCUGACCCUGGAUGCAGAUUUGGACGCCCGUCCGGCCAGCCUGGUGAUUGAGAACCUUGCCUCUGGCAGGCCCACGGACAAGGUCAAUUUGAGUCACUUGGAGUCUUGGUACGAAGAGUGCUCCAAGCUGCUCGGCAAGCCCCAGAAGUUUGCACACACGCCGUGCGAGAUCAAGUCGAGCAUGGACGGGUUGCUCACUGGCAGCAUCAACUGCGAGGCUGCGGCCCUGGACCAGGUCAAAGGCUGGACAAGAUCUUCUGUGCUUGCCUUGCUGCUGAUAGCAGCUGCGGAAUAUGACCUCGGCGACCCGUUUACCAUGGACAAGCUCCAACCUCUCAUCUCCGUGAACAUGGACACAGCAAAGCAGAGCUACCGGAACCUCUGCUUGUCCUACAGAGGUUCAGAGAGACAGCCGCCCAAUUUGCUGCAGCUGGCCUUGCGGUUUUCGCAGAUUAUUGAGAUGCGCGACAAGCAGGGUGUCCACAACAAGCUUUGGACCCCGGAGCAGCGGCUGCAGGAGGUUGUGGACGAAUUCAACGAGACGUCAGGUCUGCAGCAGAAGCACAGGGUCGAUGCUGAACGGUUUCGCUCCCUGUUGAACUUGAUUUCCGGCAGCUCCAAGGAGUCCCGGCAAGUCCUUCGGCAGCACCUGAACCACCACAAGUGGCGGGAGGCCUUCAGCGUGGAGCAAUUCAAGGGUAGCCGCUGGUUGGUGGGUGCGACGCCCAAGUCUACCUGCCCUCCUGACAUGAAGCAAGCUCUGACAGUGACGCCUGAGUCGCAGCGCAUGCACUUCGAGCUCAUUGUGCACACAUUCGUCGAGGGGGGCAGGAAGCUCCGGCCAAGCGCAAGGUCACGCACGCGCGCUGCGCCCGAGGUCUUUGACAGGCAUGCUGACUACGCCUGCAUCUUCGCCACAAUCUAG